CGGAAAUCGAAUUAAGAACGUUAGAGUGAGAGGUGUACGGAGGUACCUUUCGGUAGAGAUAGUUUUUUGUUAUUGUUUUGCGGUGGAGAUUUUUUCCAAGGCGCGAAUGGGAGUAGGCGCGCGAGUGGGCGCGCCGGCACGGCAAGCGCGCUCUUCAGUGUUCUGGCUGAGCUUCGAGCGAGCGCGUGCGAGCAGUCGCGUCCGUGUGCCUAUGAUAAUAACAUUACGAGAACAUAGUUGACAGACUGGUCGUGAACUGUAGUGGACUGUAUGUCUCGAAUGUCCUGUAGUGCGGUGGGUCGACCAUGUUGAUAUCUGCGGGCAGCGGCCCAACGUCCGAGUUCUCGCCUGCCUCGUGCUGCGCCUCCUGGAAGAUGGAGCCGGCGCCACCAGCGGCCGCCCCUAUCUCGCAGCCCCUAAAUAUAUCACCCAAUGUUCCCGUGUCUCCGUCUUCGUCUGCGGGUGGCGCUACCGGUGGCUCCACGGCUCUCUAUCCCGGCGCCGCUUCCCACCCGCUGUCAUCUCUGCUCUCCCAGCAGCGACUCCUCGAGCUGUCCCGAUUCGGACUGAGGCAUUACGACAUCGCACACCACGUGCUGUCCCAGCAAGGUGCUGUUACCAAACUGCUUGGUACCUUACGACCCCCGGGCCUCAUCGGUGGAAGCAAACCAAAGGUGGCCACCCCGGCUGUAGUAUCCAAGAUAGAACAGUACAAGAGGGAAAAUCCAACUAUCUUCGCAUGGGAGAUUCGCGAAAGACUUAUAUCUGAAGGUGUCUGCACAAAUGCAACCGCACCCAGCGUGUCGUCAAUCAACCGGAUACUCAGGAAUCGUGCGGCCGAAAGAGCCGCGGCAGAAUUUGCAAGGGCAGCUGGUUACGGCUUGUAUGCGGCUCCUCCUCCAUACGGAGCCUUCCCUUGGGCUGGCGGAGGUGGCGUCUGGCCCCCAGGAACGCUCUCCCUCCCACCCGGAGUACCAGCACCUCCUAGCGGUGUACCGCACCCUGAUGCCGUUCAACAAGGAUUCCUAUCGUCGUCUGGACGUGGACUUAUUGAUGUUGACGGCGACGACUCUGGAUCCUUGGAUGGUGAACAACCAAAAUUCCGGCGGAAUAGAACCACCUUCAGCCCCGACCAGCUCGAAGAAUUAGAAAAGGAAUUCGAGAAAUCUCAUUACCCGUGCGUUUCUACCAGAGAACGACUGGCCUCCAAAACGUCGCUAUCGGAAGCGCGCGUACAGGUUUGGUUUUCCAACAGACGAGCCAAGUGGAGACGCCAUCAGCGCAUGAACCUCCUGAAGCGAGGUGGCGGCUCGCCCCCGCACCGCCUCCCCCACUCCCCUUCCCGUUCUCGUUCUUCGUCCCCUUCGCGCUUCCCGUACCACACCCCCCAGAUGGGCGGCGAAAAUAGCGCGUUCAAAGCGCUCGCGCACCAAGACACCAACGCACUGAAGGCACUGUCGCACCAGCAGUUCGAUAGCAACGCACUGAAAGCAUUGUCGCAGCAACAGUUCGAGAGUGAAGCGUUCAAGCAUCACCCUGCGCUCGAAAACAGCGCUUUUAAAGCUUUAGUCCCGCAUUCGGCCGCUGCCGCGCUUUUAGCAGCUCAGUCAAUUCAAUUAGCGCGAGGUUAUGAAUCACAUUCGGAUUCUGACGAGGAGAUCAAUGUGCACGAUGAGAGUGACGAUGAAAGUGAGAAACAUAGAAACAAAGUUCGAUCUCGAACGCCGAGUCCCGGCAGACGACCACAGCCGGCCAAUGACUUGCCACUACAGCUCACCAAACAUGAUCGCUGAUAUAGUCAUCGAAUUUAUUAAUAUUUACAUAAAGUAUUAAUGCUCAUUCCUAUUGAACGUUAGAUGUUCCGAAUAAUUAUGUAAAUUAUAAUCCUGAGUGCUAAUACUCCAGUUUGUUUGUAAAUUAAUGUAAAUAUGUAGAUUGUUAAGUUGUUAAUUAAUGUAAGUAAGAUGGAUGAGUAAUUAAAUUCAUGCACAAAAAUGUACUAUUAUAUUUAUUGGAGAAGUUAUUUUGUACUGUAAUGCGUACAGUUGCAAUAAAAUAUUGUUUAGUAGAACAUCGAAUUAAUAAUUUAAAUUGAAAUUAGAGCACGAGACAGGCAAAUUAUGUAUUUACUGUUUACAAUUUAUGAGUAGUACCGUCAUUUUUGUUAGGAAGUCUGUAUAUUGUCAUUAAGUAUACGAAAAUAGUUCAGACUCUUUUAGGGUUCCGUAGUCGUGACAAGGAACCCUUAUAGUUUCGUCAUGUCCGUCUGUCUGUCCGUCCCCGAUUUUGCUUGGAGAUAUGUAUAUCAACCAAGCCGACAAAAUGGUACAAUAAAAAUUUUGAAUAAUAUUUCCUAAAAAAAAUUUAAGAACCACAAUAAAAUGUGAUUAGUUCCACAAAGCUACCGCGAGUACCAACGGCAACGGCGACUGAGUCGUUCUAUCGAGACGUUUAAAAAAUAUAGAUAUGAAUUUGGGUUUGAGACGCAGUUUCACUUUGAUUUUGGUAUUUUAGUUGAGAUAUUAAUUGCUUUUUAAUUUCCGUUUAAGAAACUGCAGACUCCUACUCAAAUAUAUCGUGGUAACGACAAGCGAGCAACUAUGGUACGGAACCCUACACCGCGCGUGGCACGACACGCAUUUGGCCGGUUUUUUGAUACGAUGUUUUUUCAAGAAGUUUGCCUCUUUUUUGUAGUUCUGUUUUAAAUCUUAAUAAUUUUUAUAGAUAAAUACAUUGAGAGCUGUAGAUUAAAAUACCAAAGUAUUAACAUCUAUAAUUAGUACGCCUAAGGCCGUUUUGUUUAAUCGACUGUUAAUGUUACGUCAAAUACAUAGUAAAUGUGUAAAAUUUUGAUAGAUGGUUCUUUUUUUCUAUAGGAUUUAACUACAGUCAAAAUUAACUAUAGAUUAAACAAUGAGGCCUAAAUGCAAAUAAAAGUUCCUAAUCCAAUGAGUACCAGCUCAUGUUGUGUUGAAAUGGAAUGACUGUAAAUCAAAAUAUUCUGACUGCAGUUUUAACGUCGUAUGGGUAAUUAAAAUGAGCCCGUAAAGUUUACGAUAAUUGACACCAUAAAGUAGGUUUGAUAAGAUGGGCACUAAAGAAUCUAUGUAGAGGUCUAUAUAUGACUGUUAUAUAUAUAUUGUUAAACAGUUGCUGGCACUAUCUAUUUAUUGCUUGGAUAAACUUGAGUUUAUUGUAUAAAUGUAGACAAUUUUAUGUAAAUACGUAUCUUUAUUAGAAGUAUUAAAUGACAUAGAGA